AUGGGCCGGAGGAUCCUCAACGAUGCGUUGCGCAUGAUGGUGAACGCGGAGCGGCGGGGGAAGGCUACGGCGCAACUCCAGCCCAUCUCCGGCGUCAUGAUCUCGUUCCUCAACAUCAUGAAGCACAGAGGUUACAUAAAAAAUUUCGAGGUAUUUGAUCCACAUAGGGUUGGAAAAAUCACCGUGGAACUUAAGGGAAGGAUUAAAGAUUGCAAAGCUCUCACUUACAGGCAGGAUCUCAAGGCUAUGGAAAUAGAAAAAAUACAGAACUAGGAUGCUUCGAACAGGCAGGUAUGUUGUCAACUCAUAUUUGAUUUUUGUGAACAUUCAUAUCUUCUGUUAGUUGAGGGAUACAGUUAUCUUGCUUGGUCUAUUUUGAUAUUGUUAUGGAUACCGAAUGGACCAGGAAGGUGAAGAUAUGGUGUGCCAGACCUUGCUAGUUUAAAUGU